GGGGCAGGAGCGGCGGUGCCGCCCUCCCCGUGCCUGCUUCUCGCCGCGGUCCCGCAGAAGCUUCCUCGGCGGCGCCGCAGCCUCCUAGUAUGGGCGUGAGGAGCGGUGGGCGACUGCGGGUGCCCAGUGGCGCCGCGGGGCGAGAGGGUGCGGUCUGCCUUGAGGCGGUAGCACAUGGCGGGCGCCUGCUGAGGGGAGACCCACUGCGGGCUCCCGCUCCUCUGCAGCGGGGCUAGGGACGGUAACAGGGCGGCAGGCGACCUGGGAAAGGAGAGAGUGCUGGCGUGCAGAAGUAGUGAGGGGCCGAGCCUCGGUGUCGGGCAUGGCGGAGCCCCUGAGCCCCUGCACCCCACGAGGCCAGUGUCAGCCCAGCAUUGGCCCCAACACGUCAUCAGCUAACGUGGGCGCCAACGUCUCGGCUGCCUCCGCGCUGGUGGGCAGCAGCACGUGGAGGGCCCGGGAGCCCUACUCCAUCUUCACCAUUCUCAUCGUGACGCUGCUGGUGCUCCUGACCGUGGCCACCUUCCUCUGGAACCUGCUGGUGCUAGUGACUAUCCUGCGAGUGAAGGCUUUCCAUCGGGUGCCCCACAACCUCGUGGCCUCCACGGCGGUGUCAGACGUGCUGGUGGCGGCACUGGUGAUGCCGCUGAGCUUGGUGAAGGAGCUGUCGGCUGGGCGGCGGUGGCGGCUGGGCCGGGAGCUGUGCCUCGUGUGGGUCUGCUUUGAUGUCAUGUGCUGCACAGCCAGCAUCUGGAACGUCACUGCCAUCGCCCUGGACCGCUACUGGUCCAUCACUCGCCACCUGGAGUACACGCUGCUCACCCGCCGCCGCAUCUCCAACGUCAUGAUUGCUCUCACCUGGGUACUCUCUGCUGCCAUCUCCCUUGCUCCCCUCUUUGGCUGGGGGGAGACCUACAGCCCUGAGCAGGAGCUGUGUCAGGUCAGCCAGGAGCCAUCGUACACCAUCGUCUCCACUGGUGGCGCAUUCUACCUGCCCCUGUGCGUGGUGCUCUUCGUUUACUGGAGAAUCUACAAGGCAGCCAGGUUCCGCAUGGCAGGCCGCAGGAGCAACGCCGUGGUGCCCUUGCCCAAGACUGCCCAGGUGAAGGAAGCUUUGCAUGAACCACAGAUGGUGUUUACAGCUCGUCAUGCAGCUAUCACUUUCCAGACAGAUGGAGAAACAUGGAGAGAACAAAAAGAGAAAAAGGCAGCUCUGAUGGUUGGCAUCUUAAUUGGAGUUUUUGUACUGUGCUGGAUCCCUUUUUUCAUCACAGAACUAAUAAGUCCUCUCUGUUCCUGCAACGUCCCACCCAUCUGGAAAAGCAUCUUUCUUUGGCUUGGCUACUCCAAUUCUUUCUUUAAUCCUCUCAUUUAUACAGCAUUUAACAAAAAUUAUAACAACGCCUUCAAGAGCCUUUUUGUAAAGCAGAGAUAAAAGGGGACAGAGUGGGGAAAGCAAUUCCUUUAUUGCAUAAUGCAGAGAGUUAUUGAGGGAAACAUGCCUCUGAUAUGCAGAGUUUACAUGUGCAAGACCUACUUGAGGGGAUUUAGGAACAGUGAAAAAGAAGAUGGAUGAUGUUUGGAUACAAACCUAUGGACAGUUUACAAUUACCCCUUGGAAAGACUUAUAUGCUGCUCCAGGGUUUGGCAAAGAAGAAUGAAGACCUCCUGUCUGCUCUUUGAAUCAAUAUGUGUUACAGUCUGCAAGUGAAGCACUGCACGUGUCCGAUACCACGACUGUCAAAUCUUAACUGGGCUGAUCUCAUCUAACAGCUACGAGUGCCAUUCUGCAGCGCUGUCAUCAUUAGCAAAGGCACCGGUGGGAACUGCUAAUUGAGCUAUACUGAAAUGUUUGUGAGGUGGGCAGGAUGCUGGCUUCCUUUUGGAGAUUUAUCUGGAAGGGAAUAAACAUGCUGUAUUCAA